UUGUGGGUGCCAUAAUUUGUGUAUUUAUUUUUACGCGCCGUCAGAUGCGCUCAUCAUUAUCAAUUUAUUUGGCUGCCCUAUCUUUUUUCGAUUUUGUGCUUCUCCUCUGCGCGGCAAUAAUAUAUCCUAGUAUGAAUAUGUGCUUACAGGAGGGCAAUCGUGGCCCCAUUUGUCAUUUCUUUUGGAGAACAUCACUUGCCACAUAUCCACUCUCCUUAAUGGCUCAAACAGCAAGUGUUUGGACAGUAAUAGCAAUCACAGUUGAUCGGUACCUGGCUGUGCGUUAUCCUCUGCAUAUGAGAGCUUGGUGUACCGCAAAUAGAGCUAGAACAGUUGUUUUAUUUAUUACAAUUAUUGCAAUCCUAUUCAAAAUGCCCUCAUUUUUUGAAGUUACACUUAAUGAAUGUGGCCAUUUAAUGAAAACAUCUUUGAGAGAUCAUCAUCUUUAUUUUACAAUUUAUUACACUUAUGGUUAUUUAUUAUUAAUGUUAGCUACCCCAUUCCUUUUCAUAAUCGUUUUAAAUGCUCGGAUUUUGUCAAUUAUUCACCGAGCAAAUUUAGAGAGAUAUCGAAUGAAUGUUGUUAGAAGGUCAUCUAGACUAACUCGAAGCAGUCAAGGAAGUAAUGGUUGUGUUGUAAAACGAGAAAGUAACAAUAGCACAACUUGGGUAACAACUCAACUAGUACAAACUAAACAACAAAACGGUUCUAAAGAUUCGUUUUCGGGAGGAAAAGUUUUACAAAACAACAAUAAUACUUCAAACAUUAAUUCAAACAUUUCAUCAAAUUGCGAAAAACAUCAAGUUAUUGAAACUAUUAGUGGUAAUUUUUAUUGCUAUAAAACUUUCCGGAAAAUUUGGAGUUGUGAAACUUAUUGUAGUUAUAGAAAAUGUUUUUUUACAAUUUUGAUUUUAAUAGUUUUACAAACUUACCGGAAAGUUUGA